CUCUUUUUUGAUGGUUAGGCCGUCAGUGAUUGUUUGAUUCACUGCUCUUGAGAGCGUACGUUGCCUCUUUCCCACUUUUAGGUGGACGACAAGGCACAACAGCAACAACCCUCUUCCUCCUCGUCACCAUCAUAACUCUCCUCCUUCAUGUAUUGAAAAGAAGCCGUCAAAGGGGGAAAAAACCACUUCCAAAAGACCGCCAGCCUAUUAUUCCCACUUUUAGGUGGAUGAGAAAAUAGGCAAUUCCUUAACCACCCCCCCCCCCUGAAUAUUCUAUUCUUCUUAUUCAGGACCAUUCAUUCAUUCAUUCAUUCAGCCAUCCAUCACAUCUCACGUACAUAUAAUACCGCUCACGUUUCACAACGGGAGGAAAAAAGAAGAAAAAAAGAAGAAAAAAAAACAAUGUGCCUCCAGGUCAACAACCUCUACGCCUGCGGCCACCGCUGCUUCAAGCGGUUCGACAACUGCGCGCAGUUCGGCCAGACGUGCUACGGCCCCGGGCCGGACCACAAGAACGAAAAGGUCGGGGACGUGUGCAAGGACUGCAAGUUCCGGAACAGCCCGAACGGGGCUGGGAGGAGGAAGGAUCCUUGGGGCGAGGGGGACCCGUUCAGGAAGCCUAGGAAGCCUUGAGUGUGUGAGUAUAUAUAUAUAUAUAUGUGUGUGUGUGUGUGUGUGUAUGUGUGUGUUCGCUGGAAGAGAGACAGAUGGAUGUUCUUGCAUCCUGGGUAAUUUGAGACUGGAUGGGAUGGGAUGGGGUGGCGGGGAAUGGUGGAUGUGAGUGAGAGUGGCUUGAGGAGGCUUUUUCUUCAGGUCUAAUUGGGGGGAGAGAGGGAGGCUGGUGGCGGGCAGCCUUGGAUCAUUGGUCAUCAGCGUUAAUGAGGAGGUGGGUGAGUGUGCGGAGGAGGUGGAGGAGGAGGAUAGGAUGAGGGUCGACAACCAGACUGACACAAAAUAGGAGGAAAUAAAAACGUAAUGGACCUCUCAGACGUAGAAACAAACUGAGCUUCUUGAAUUUUGCAUCUGCUGU